AGAAGCAUCAUAUCAUAAAAGUCCUUCUUUUAAAUCAUAGCUUGCGCUUGGCAUAUAAUUACUAUCUCCGCUAAAGCAGGCAAGCAAAAACAAUAAAUAGACAGAGAGUGACAGAGAGUGACAGAGAAGAGAUAAAACAUAAACAGAGAAGAAGAAGAAAGUAUGAAGAAGAAAAGUGCAAUGCUAGCCCACACCCUAGGUUUUCCCUUUUACCCAUUUUGAAGUCAUAUACUAGCCCAAAUGCAAAAAGAAAAAAACAAGAAGAGAAAGAAUACAGUCUUCUCGAGCAGAGCAAUCAAACUGAAUCUCAGAUCCAGUAUUUGCACUCCGCGGCCUCUCCUGCCGCUACAAAACAUCGUCGAGACGCAAAUUGCGUGUAAAAAGAAGGGGUAUUUGUACUCUGCCAUCAGCAAUGAACCUCUAGUCCAAUCCACAAAAAGAAACCUCUAAGCGACUCGGAAUCCUGCAUAUGAAUCAAACAAGAAACCCCUCCACUCGUGUUGCCUCCCUUCUUGUAGCGCCGCAAACAAGAAACAAUCUCAAAAAGUUCGGGUAUAACAUAAAAUAAAAUAAACAAGCAGCAAAGAUAUGCUCCUGUGCCUCAACUCCUUGUCCCACAAAAAUUUGUAAUAAAAAGAUUCUCAUCACAUCACACUGCUUUGAUAGAAACCGGUCCCUUGACCCUCGGCCAUGUCCCCCUAGCAUCAUCUCCCCCCCUCGCUUACGAGUCAUCAUGAUGCUGCUUCGAUACCCUCGCUGUGCUCU